AUGGCUCGUACUAAGCAAACUGCUCGUAAGUCAACUGGUGGAAAGGCUCCACGUAAACAACUGGCUACUAAGGCCGCCCGUAAGAGCGCGCCAGCCACUGGUGGAGUCAAGAAGCCACAUCGUUACCGUCCCGGAACAGUCGCUCUUCGUGAGAUUCGUCGUUACCAAAAAAGCACUGAACUCCUCAUCCGUAAAUUACCAUUCCAACGUCUGGUUCGUGAAAUCGCUCAGGACUUUAAGACUGACCUGAGAUUCCAAAGCUCUGCUGUGAUGGCUCUCCAGGAAGCCAGCGAAGCCUACCUCGUUGGUCUUUUCGAAGACACCAACCUUUGUGCCAUCCACGCCAAACGUGUCACCAUCAUGCCCAAAGAUAUUCAGUUGGCUCGUCGUAUCCGAGGAGAACGUGCUUAAGUUAUCUUGACAUCUAAAACUUACAAACCAAACGGCCCUUUUCAGGGCCAUCAAAUUUUUUAUACUAAGAAAAUUCAACUCGUUUCUCAUUGAUUGUAUUUAAUACAAUUAAAAAUAAUAAUGUCAUAUUUAUCCUAAUUUCCCAACAACCAUACAUACUCUCCUUUCAACUAAACACUGCCUAAUCAUACUCAUGCAUUUCACUGAAGAAUUCUAUAAUUGUUCGACCAUUCAAAAUAAUCGGGAUUCAGUACUGGUAUGCAUACGGUGGA